AUGGCUUCGAGUCUAGUACAUCUACCAGAGAUCGAGCGGAUCAGCUCGCGAGUAAUAAGAAUACUAGGCGGCAACCCAGGAAAGGCAAGAAUCAUGCAUGCAGUUACACAAAUCUUCUACAGAACAAAUACCUACCUAGUAGGCCAAGGAUCCAAACGCCUCCUGAUUGAUACAGGCGAAGGAAAGCCCUCCUGGCUAACCUCCCUCAAAACAACACUCGAGCAAGAAAAGGCUUCCGUCGACAAAGUGAUUCUAACACACUGGCAUCCCGACCACGUAGGAGGAGUUCCAGACUUACUCUCCCACAUGCCCAAUAUCCAACUCUACAAAAACCAACCCACAGGAAAUCAAAGCGAUAUCAGCCAUGGUCAAAUCUUCGAGACCCAGGGAGCUACCUUGCGAGCCUUCCAUUGUCCGGGCCAUACUACCGACCACAUGGCUCUGAUCCUAGAAGAAGAAGAUGCCAUGUUUACAGGAGACAACGUGCUCGGACAAGGAACAGCGGUAUUUGAAGAUCUGGCUGCAUACAUGAAUAGUCUGCAAAAGAUGCAAGAUGAGUUUUCUGGUCGGGCUUAUCCGGGACAUGGGCCUGUGAUUGAGGAUGGAAAGGCAAAGAUACGCGAGUACAUUUCUCAUCGACAAGAAAGAGAAAAUCAGAUUGUGGAUGUUUUGGGUCGAGAGACGGAGGAUAGAAACAAAGGAUGGCAAUCGAUGGAUCUAGUCAAGGUCAUCUACAAGGGUUACCCUGACAACCUGCACGCCCCGGCGGAAAGGGGUGUUUUGCAAGUUUUGGACAAGUUGAGAAAGGAAGGAAGAGUACAUGAGGACGAGGGAGUAUGGUUCUUGCAGUCAAAGCCUGCUCUGUAA